AUGUCCCGUCCUGAACACAUAGCGCCGCCUGAGAUAUUCUACAAUGACAGCGAGGCUGGAAAAUACACGUCUAAUACGCGUGUGCAGCAAAUCCAAGCGGAGAUGACAUACCGUGCGUUAGAGCUGCUAGGGGAUAACGACGGACAAACACCUAAAUUUCUACUGGAUAUUGGCUGCGGCAGUGGUUUGAGUGGGGAAAUACUCGACGAGGAGGGCCAUUAUUGGUUGGGCUGUGAUAUCUCCCCGAGCAUGCUAUCUAUAGCCCUAGAGAGGGACCUCGAAGGCGACCUGAUGCUCAGCGAUAUAGGCAGCGGAGUGCACGUUCGUGCGGGCUCUUUCGACGGCGCUAUAUCCAUAUCUGUCCUUCAGUGGCUUUGCAACGCAGACUCUACCUCUGCGAACCCAGGAAGCCGCUUAAUGCGCUUCUUUAACUCGCUCUAUGCUGCUCUCUCUAGAGGCAGCAGGGCAGUCUUCCAGUUUUACCCAGAGUCAGACGACCAGGUGGGAUUUAUUAUGGGAUUCGCUCAGAAGGCUGGUUUUAGCGGUGGACUGGUGGUAGACUACCCUAAUAGCAGAAAAGCGAAGAAGUUCUACCUCUGUUUGUUCGCAGGUGUUAGUGGAAAGGAGGUGCAGAUGCCAGCCGCCAAGACUGAAACUGGCACUGUCAGCAAUGUCGGCAGGCAAUCACAAUCCACACAUCGUCCCCCACGCACUAACAUCAAACACUCCGCUAAAGACCAUAUCAACCACAAGAAACACCUUCAGAGACAGAAGGGUAAACAGGGCGUCCCCCUUGACUCCAAAUACACAGGCAGGAAGAGAAGAGAUGGUUUCUAG